AUGGAUGUUCAAGGGGAUAAUCGAAGACACUCGGGUGCUGCACCGCAUGAACUCUCCUCGAAAACGUUCAAACGGACACCUAACGGCCUUGUUUUCAGUGAGGAUUUGAAAAGAGUUUUUUCGAUCCUGAUCAUAUCUUUGGACUUGAAAGAAAGGCCCAACUCGUCAAACAAAAAUCCACUCUUGCCAACAUUUCAGAAAAACUACCCAUUCUCGUUUGCGUUGAAAGAGGCAAUCACAAAAAUGGAAAACUUGACACUUCAGGUGGACAUGAACACCACCAAAGUCUGGGUUUCCUAUUCUAUACAACCAGAGUUAGGUCGCAGAAUGCUCAGGACGUUUAUGGAUGCGAAACUGUUGCAUAUACCAGCAGACAGAACUCGUUGUGUGCUCAAGGACGGUCUUGCUAUCCAACCGACACCCAAGGGAGUUGCGGUGCUACAGCGAUUUGUGCGUCACAUGGGACUCAAGGACAUUCCCACCAUUUUGAAGUCAGAUCUUAAUACGAUGGAAUUAUUCACUUUUGAAAGAAGUUCAAUGACCGAUGCCAUAAUACACAGUGACUAUUUUGUCUCACUUUUGUUUUCAAAGUUAAUGGGGCCCACGAAAAAUGUGUGGUCUCCAGAUGAUGGUCCCGAUAGAGCACCAACCUUGGCAAAGCUUUUGGAAUGCGCAGAUGACACUUUCAGUUUUGAAAACGUAAAUUUGUGUUGGACCGACUCAAACGCUGACGAUAGCGGUGCAAGCUCGAAUUCCCAUCCUGACGCCCAGCAGAUCCCCAAUGCGCAUGAUGAAAAGCGCAUCUCUUUGUUGGCUCAUCGAUUCUUUACUAAUCCAGACUCUACAUCUCAUGCUCAGUACUACACUUCUAACAGUGGCUUGAGACUUUUCACGACGAAGACUUUUGGAGAGGAUCGAAUUUUGUACGAGUGUACGUUCUCCACAAAAGCCGUAUGGCAGUGGCUGAUGGAUUGCACAGAUAUCAUGUAUCCUAAGGAAGCAGUGACAAUUUCUUCACUUUUUUUGAGGAACGGCCUCAUAAAACCCAUAACAUUACCACCAUCAGGUAACCUCAAGCAUAAAUUUUCCAUAGGGUUCAAUUGUUACUUCACGUUGACACAACUAGGUUGGGAAAGCGUGCAAUGGAGUACAGAGGGAGGCAUCAAGAAAUACCUUGUGGAACCUAGUCAAGGAAAGAAAAUUGAGGACAAGCCGAAGAGUAAAGGGAGCCAUCAAACAUCGUCAAAUUUCAGAUCAAGGACCGACAUUGGUCAGAAACCAGGAUACUUCACUGACUUAACUCAUGUUCUGCGGGAUCCAGGAAUGAGGUAUCUUUUCAGAAAGCACCUCGAAAAGGAGUUCUGCCCUGAAAACCUGGAUGUGUACAUCGAAAUAAAGAAAUUUCUGAAAAGGAUGACAGUUUUGAAAAAUCUUCUUGACACGAAGACAGCUAGAGAACCCGACAAUGUUGACGUGAUGACCUCCAAACACUUCAGUGAUCUUGUGGUGAAUACAAUAAACAAUGCCCUUUUCAGACAAGCGAAUGACUGCCUAGAAACAGCCUAUGAAAUUUACUCCUCAUUCAUCACCCCUGGUGCACCUUAUCAGCUGAACAUUGAUCAUUCGCUUAGAGAGUCUAUAACGGAAGUGAUAUUGUAUCCCCAACCAUGCAUGUUCAUAUCGCGCCCAGGAAAUAGUGCCAACACGGAAUACACCUUGAACUCUGCAGAUGACAAAGAAGACACGACAGUGCUGAAGGCGCUAGAAUCCUGUCCCACACCAGAGUUGAAAAAUCAAGAGGCACUGUCCCAGCAUAAAAUCGACCAUGGCGGUGAUUGCAAGAGCUCUUUACAGCCGUCUCUUUCUCUUUCCGAUGAAAUUGACGGAAGGAGUUUUACAAGCAUUUUGAAGACCUUGAGGCUUAUUUAUCCUCUUUUUGAAAGGGUCGCUAGUUCGAUGUUCCAACUUAUGAAAAUCGAUUCACUCCCGAAGUUCAUAAAUUCUGAGCUCUAUCAAGAGGCUGCGGUAAUGUUGAACUUCGAAGCGAAAAACGCAUAG